CCAGCCCGCAAAUCAAAUGAUACGUCGAGCGCCUCCCUUCCCAACUAAAAUCUUCCGGCCUUCUGGAAUUGCCCGUUUUCCUGCCCGCGCAGCUUCUUAGGCCAUAAGUAAUAUCUACCCGACGCCACCUCCCUCGUGGCUCCUCCACUUCCUCGUGUCUUGCGUGUCCGCGUCAAUCCGUCAACAACAACGAGGAGUCUCCGCCAGACAAUAAAAGCGUCUCUGAGCCUCACCAAGAGCUCGAAAACGCAAAGAUUGUCCGCUCCUCUUCUCCGGACUUGGAUUCGCUUCUGAAGUCUUGCCAAUAUGCGUUUCCAAACCCCCGCACUCGGUGCGCUCGCCCUGGCAACCGCUGCCAAGGGAUUCACUCCCGCCUUGACUAUCGGUACUGAUAUCUUGGCGGCCAAUGGUCUCCUGAACCUUGGCAUCUAUGAGUUCGAAGAAGCUCUUGCUGGCAACACCACCAACUGCACUCUGGCAAAUGUCAAGAUCCGGAGAGAAUGGGGUACUCUUUCUCAAAAGGAGAGGGUUGCUUACACCGAUGCCGUGCUCUGUCUGAUGUCCAAGCCCGCAAGGACAAGCCCUGAGGACGCUCCAGGUGCCAAGACACGUUAUGAUGACUUUGUUUUCACGCACAUCAACCAGACAUUGAGCAUCCAUGGCACUACCAACUUCCUGUCAUGGCACCGCUACUUCGUUCACACGUUCGAGCAAGCCCUCAAGGAUGAGUGUGGUUACACCGGCACGCAGCCCUACUGGAACUGGGGUAAGACUGCCUUUGACCCGGUCAACUCCUACAUCUUCGAUGGUAGCCCAUACAGCGUGGGUGGCAACGGUGUCUAUGAGCCUCAUAACUGCACCAACGCUCUUCCCACCGGCCUGAACUGCAUUCCUCCCGGAGAAGGUGGUGGAUGUGUCGAGACCGGCCCCUUCAAGAACAUGACCGUCAACCUCGGACCUAUUACGCCCACCCUCGCCGAGCCUGAGGUCAAGGCCAUGUCAUCCUUGGGGGCCUACAACCCUCGCUGCCUGAAGCGUGACGUCUCCCAAUGGGUAUCCUCCCGCUUCAACACCGACCAGAACUCCACGGACCUGAUCACCCAGAACACCGACAUCUACUGGUUCCAGACCGUGAUGCAGGGCACUUUCAACCUCGGCGAGUUCGGCGUGCACACAGGCGGCCACUUCACCAUCGGCGGCGACCCUGGCGGAGAUCUCUUCACCUCCCCCGGCGACCCAGCCUUCUGGCUACACCACGGUCAAAUCGACCGCACCUGGUGGAUCUGGCAGAACCAGGACCUGCGCAACCGCCUCUACGCCAUCUCCGGCACUAUCACCAUCAAUAACUCCCCGCCCAGCCGCAACGGCACCCUGGACGAUAUUCUGAGUCUUGGUGUCAACGCGGAGGAUAUCACGAUCCGGGAUGCCAUGAGCACCAUGCGUGGUCCCUUCUGCUAUAUUUACUUAUAGACUUGAUGUUGCAUGAGCGUGUAGUAUGACUGUAUGAACGUGUGGAGAGAUCAGAUCGGGGAGGGGACGUGAUCAUAUAGACCUGUAAAUAACUGUAAACCUUGUAUAUUUUUAAUACAAACCAACAAACAC